AGAUUGACAAGCGUCGAACAAACGGGAGUGCUUAAUCUGCUGUCGUUGUGAGAAACGCUAACCAAUCGAAAUCAAGGGUGGGAGGAGCUACUUAAAUGUGAGUGAAAGAUGGGAAGGAAAAGUCACGAGUGGGAUGAGUGUGUAAAUCAUACUUUAAUAUAACAUAAAAUAAGACGCAAAAGAGUGAAUGUCCGGAUUUGGCAGCUAACAUUAGCUUCACAGACACUCCGAUGUUAACUGAAAAGAAGUAAAGUGGAAAUAAUGUGUUGGGUGUCGGUCUGUAGGAGAAGCGGCAAAUAAAUGAAACGUUUGGUGUCUCAUAAUCAUGCUGCCGCUGCGGCCCGUGUGUGGUGGGAUAUGGAGAGCUGCUGUGCACACAGUCAGGAUGAGCCGUGGAGCUCCACCCCACAGGCUCCUCUCCUCUACCUGUGAUGGAGCCCCAGCUGCACUGGCUGAUGCUGACACCAUCUUUGCGCUGUCGUCCGGGCAUGGCAGGUGCGGGGUGGCAGUGGUACGUGUCAGCGGUCCCGCCUCAGCUACAGCCCUGAGGUGUAUGGCUGGGUUCACGCAGCGUCUGCCCCCUCCACGCACCGCCCUGUUACGCAGCAUCACAGACCCCCGCUCCACAGAAGUGCUGGACCGUGGGCUCGUCCUGUGGUUUCCAGCUCCUCGUAGUUUCUCCGGAGAAGAUAGCGUGGAGUUCCAUAUCCACGGAGGUCCCGCUGUCAUUACUGCUGUCUUACAGGCUCUUGGAAGCGUGCCUGGCUUGAGGCCGGCCGACGCGGGGGAGUUCACGCGGAGAGCUUUUCAAGCAGGGAAACUCGGUUUAACGGAGGCGAGUGGAGAGGAAUGUGUAAAACACAUUGUUUGCCUCCGUGUCUGUGUCUGUGCUGAUCCCCUCAUAGUGGACGUGUCAGUACGUGAUCUGCAAGCGGAGAUUGAGCGACACCUGAAGGACGAGAGACGCGGCGAGCGGCUUCGCAGCGGGGUCCAGGUGGUGAUCGCGGGAGCUGCUAAUGCAGGGAAAAGUAGCCUUCUGAACAAACUCUGUCAGAGACCUGCAGCCAUUGUGUCUCCCAUUGCCGGCACCACCAGAGAUGUGGUGGAGACGGCGCUGGACCUCGGUGGGUUCCCCGUCCUCCUGAGUGACACGGCUGGCCUCAGAGACAGCUCAGACCUGGUGGAGAGAGAGGGCGUCCGCCGCGCUCGGGAAAGGGUGGAGCAGGCAGAUCUGACGCUGGUGGUCGUGGACUCUGCUCAUCUCCCCUCUGAGGUAGACCGAGCCGCGGCGUUCCUGCGGGAGCAGCUGAGGAGUGUGCUGCCUGACACAGACAGGUGUCUCCUGGUGUUGAAUAAGGCCGAUCUGCUGCCUGAGAAGCAGAGACAAAAGCUGGGCACGGAGCUGAGGGGUGUCUCUGGUCUCCCUGCUGUCUGUCUGAUCUCCUGCCAGACUAACGAGGGACUGAAGGACUUCCUCACCGUGCUGCACAGCAGUGUCAAGACUCUGUGUGGCGACCCUCUGUUCGGUGCCCCCACCCUGACACAGGCUCGCCACAGGGCCCACCUGCAGCGGUGUGCGGCGGCUCUGGCUCAGUAUCAGCGGUACCGUGACACUGACCUCGCUCUGGCAGCCGAAGGUGUCCGUUUAGCUGUCACCAGCCUGGGCCGGAUCACUGGACGGGUCGGGGCAGAGGAGAUCCUGGACAUCAUCUUCAAAGACUUCUGCAUUGGAAAAUAAAAGAGUGAAAAACUGACAGAUAUGCGAUCGCCGGCUCUGAGAGGAAAAUCGCAUUCCUGCAGAAAACAGGACUGAAAGGACACAGCUGGGCGCCGGGCCAGGCGUCGACACGCGGGCGCAGCUGAAAGAAAAAACUCUGUGUUCUUGGCCGCUGAACGCGUGCGCUCCCAGGACGCUAAAAUUUUUCUGUUGAUGCUUUUUAUCAGCCAAAAUAGUUUGAGCAUGAUGACAGGUGCCUCAAAGGCCCAAUAUACCCAACAAGUGUUUGGCAAGCCUUGAGUCGUCAUUUGAAAAUAGAUGUCGAAAUCCUUUGAAGAUUGGCCUCCUGGGCUGCAACAUAUAACCUGCAAGGUCAUGGACUGAACGUUUGGAUGUUUACUUGUACCGCAGGAACAUGACUUACUUUUUUACUUUGCACCUUUAUUCCAUUUAUUUAUUUUCCAAAAAAGAACUGAUACUGAUCAGAGUGAUUGUAUCGGUUUGUUACAUGUUGCUGUGUUACGUUACUUUGGACCCUUAAAUAAAUGAGAUCGUGUGUAUUUUUGUAACAAAUAAAAAUUCUCUUUAAAGAAACCAAACAUA